AUGGCAAGCAUAGCGCUCGUUCUCACGGUUUGUUUCUUGGGUUUCUUCGUGCCCGCCCCCUCCCUUGCGUCGUCCUCCAAUGACACCGACUUCCUCCGCUGCAUCUCGACGAGCGUCCCCAGCCAGCUCGUGCAGGCGCCGAACUCACCGUCGUUCAAGCAGCUCCUGGUGUCGUCCAUCAGGAACGCCAAGUUCGUGGCGCCGGCCACGGCGAGCCCCCCGCUCUGCAUCGUGACCCCCACCAACGCGUCCCACGUCCAGGCCGCCGUGCGCUGCGGGCGCCGCCACGGCGUGCGCGUCCGCGUCCGCAGCGGCGGGCACGACUACGAGGGCCUCUCGUACCGGUCGGUCUACCCCAACAGCGAGGCGUUCGCGGUGAUCGACCUCGCCAAGCUCCACGCCGUCCGCGUCGACCCACGCAAGGCCACCGCGUGGGUCGACUCCGGGGCGGCGCUCGGGGAGCUCUACUACCACGUCGCCACGGCGGCUCCGGGGCUGGGCUUCCCGGCUGGCGUGUGCUCGACUGUGGGCGUGGGGGGUAUCUUGAGCGGCGGCGGCAUGGGCCUAAUGAUGCGCAACCGUGGCGGCGGCGGCGGCAAUUUCGGCAUCGUGCUGUCGUGGAAGGUGAGGCUCGUGCCAGUCCCACCGACGGUGACCUUCUUCAAACUCGCCAAGACCAUGGACCAGGGCGCCGUUAACGCGGUGACCAAAUGGCAAACGCUCGCGCCCGCGCUCCCGGACGACCUCAGCGUACGUGUUAUCGUAGAAAAUCGUCGGGCCAACUUCGAAGCCCUGUACCUCGGCAGGUGCAACGCGGUGGUGCCGACGAUGCGCAGCCGAUUCCCGGAGCUCGGCGUGACGCACGCCGACUGCAAGGAGAUGAGCUGGCUGCAGUUCACGGCGUACAUAUACUUCGGCGACACCACCAUCAACCGGUCCAUGACGACCCUAGGUCCCUUCAUUAAGAACAAGUCCGACUACGUCCAGAAAGCACUCACCAACGAGACGUGGGAGAAGAUCUUCCUCUGGCCUAACGACGCGGCGUCGGGGCAGCUCGUACUGGAGCCGCACGGUGGAAGAAUGGGCCACAUCGCCGCCAACGACACCCCGUUCCCGCACCGGAGCAGCGUGCUCUACAACAUCCAGUACGUGGAGCACUGGAACGGCAAAGGGCCCGGGGGAGACCCUACGCCUACGCCGAACUGGAUCGGGAGCCUGUACGACUUCAUGGCGCCGUUUGUGAGCAAGAAUCCGAGGGCCGCGUACGUUAACUACCGGGACCUCGACAUUGGCAUGAACACGGUGGUUGGCGGAGUGACGAGCUACGAAAGUGGCAAGGUGUGGGGCGAGAGGUAUUUCGGUCCGGCAAACUUUAGGAGACUCGCAGAGGUCAAGCGCAAGGUGGACGCCGGCGACUACUUCCGGAACGAGCAGAGCGUGCCGCCACUUCCCUCGAACUAG